GCCGCCGGCCUGAGCCGGCUUCUUGCCGUCUCCCGCCGGGCUGGAGAGAGGGUAGGACUAUGGACGGGCUCCGGGCUAGCGCUGGGCUGCUGAGGCGCGGGCGGUUGAGGCGCCGGCGCCAGCCACAGCCACAUAGCGGGUCGGUCCUGGCCCUGCCCCUGAGGCCCAGGAAGAUCCGAAGGCAGCUGAGGAGAAGUGUCGCGUCCCGGAUGGCCGCGCUGAGGGCCCAGGCGCUGCCGAGCGAGGACUCGGAGGACUCGAGGGUGGAGUCGAUGGUCGACGAUCCCAGGGACCCGCUGGCUGGAGGGGCGGCGGCCCUCUCGGAUGUGACCCGGCGGGAGCCGUACGGCCACCUCGGGCCCGCGGAGCUGUUAGAGGCCUCGCCCGCGUCCCGCUCCCUGCAGACUCCCCGCGCCCUGGUGGAGGCGCAGACCCCGCCGGCGCGCCUGGUGGAGGCAUCCGCCCUGCCGGCACGCCUGGUGCAGGCCUCGGGCCCCCCGCCGCGCUUGGUGGAGGCCUCGGCCGUGCUGUGCUCUGCCCAGCACUUGGCGGCCGUCCCGCCGUCCGUGGCUCCAGCGACGCUGUCGGGGCCGCAGGGGGAAAGCGCGGGCGGGGAGCUGCCCUGGGACUCCCCGCUGCAGCGCGUCUUGGCUGAGCUGAACCGCGUCCCCAGCAGCCGGCGGCGGGCGGCGCGCCUCUUCGAGUGGCUCAUCGCGCCCAUGCCGCCCGACCAUUUCUACCGGCGCCUAUGGGAGCGCGAGGCUGUGCUGGUGCGGCGGCAGGACCACACCUACUACCAGGGUCUUUUCUCUACCGCCGACCUGGACUCAAUGCUGCGCAACGAGGAGGUGCAGUUCGGGCAGCACCUGGACGCCGCGCGCUACAUCAGUGGGCGGCGCGAAACCCUGAACCCACCCGGCCGCGCCCUGCCCGCCGCCGCGUGGUCCCUGUACAGGGCCGGCUGCUCCCUGCGCCUCCUCUGUCCGCAGGCUUUCUCCACCACCGUGUGGCAGUUUUUGGCUGUGCUCCAGGAGCAGUUUGGAAGCAUGGCAGGCUCCAACGUUUACCUCACGCCCCCUAACUCGCAGGGCUUUGCCCCCCACUACGACGAUAUCGAGGCUUUUGUGCUGCAGCUGGAAGGUAGGAAACUCUGGCGGGUCUACCGACCGCGGGUUCCGACCGAGGAACUAGCCCUGACAUCCAGCCCCAACUUCAGUCAGGAAGACCUAGGAGAGCCGGUGCUACAGACGGUGCUGGAACCUGGAGAUUUGCUCUACUUUCCCCGAGGCUUCAUUCACCAAGCCGAAUGCCAGGAUGGAGUGCACUCUCUGCACCUGACCUUGUCCACAUACCAGCGCAAUACCUGGGGUGACUUCCUGGAGGCUGUACUGCCUCUGGCAGUGCAGGCUGCAAUGGAGGAAAAUGUGGAGUUUCGUAGGGGACUGCCCCGAGACUUUAUGGAUUACAUGGGGGCCCAGCAUUCGGAGUCUAAGGAUCCGCGAAGAACUGCUUUCAUGGAGAAAGUGCGGGUCUUGGUUGCCCGCUUGGGACACUUUGCCCCUGUCGAUGCUGUGGCUGACCAGAGAGCCAAAGACUUCAUCCACGAUUCUCUGCCCCCUGUGCUGACUGAUAGGGAGAGGGCACUAAGCGUUUAUGGGCUCCCAAUUCGCUGGGAGACUGGGGAACCUGUAAACGUGGGGGCCCAGUUGACAACAGAAACAGAAGUGCACAUGCUUCAGGAUGGUAUAGCUCGGCUGGUGGGUGAGGGAGGCCAUUUGUUUCUCUAUUAUACAGUGGAAAACUCCCGAGUUUAUCAUCUGGAAGAGCCCAAGUGCUUGGAGAUAUACCCCCAGCAAGCUGAUGCCAUGGAACUCCUGCUCCGCUCCUACCCAGAGUUUGUGAGGGUAGCGGACUUGCCCUGCGACAGUGUGGAGGACCAGCUUUCCUUGGCGACCAUGUUAUAUGACAAGGGGCUGCUGCUCACCAAGAUGCCUCUAACCUGAACUAGUUACUCCUUGAUUGCCAGAAACAAGACAGUAGUGAUUCUCUCCUACCACCACCACUUUUUUGGGGGGAAAAAUUCGUUCUUACCUUAAUAACCAUCACUGUGCUUACAUUUACCUUUAUGACUGCUUCAAUGUCACAGAACUCAGACGGUCUUCUAGGAAACACCACCUCAUCUAGGCACAAAAGUAAAAGCAGAAGUUGGAGGUGGAAGAAGGAGCUUUUUCUGAAGUAACCUUGAUUCCUGAUCGUUUGAGAGUACCAACUUCAUCAUCACCCUCAGGCUUCCGUGUACUGUGUGGCAUUUGCUGUGUUACUCUGCUUGAGACAUUAGAAGUUUUUAUUUGGAAUUUGCAUCCUUCAUUUGAGUUCUCUUUCAUCAGUUUGGGGGGAGGGUUGGGGUCAGUAUCCUGUUUGUUACUGUGAGUUUGUGUGAAUGUUAGAAAAGUUAUUAAAGUGCCAGAGAAUGUU